GGCACAAACCUUCAGUCUUUAGCAGCAAAGAAAUGAGCAUUCCUUAUUUCUUAGUGAUUCAGUUUUUACACAUAAUUUAAAAAGUUGUCUUGUUUAAACUUAUAUUUUGUUCUAUUCCCAUUUUGGAAUUGCAUGCAUUUUUCAGUCUUUUUUUCUCCCCCACCUUUACUGGCAAGUGUAAAAAUAAAUUUCUUGAAUUCUAAAAGUAAUAACAAUAGUGACUAUAUAGGUAUGCUUACCAGUGAGGUUUGAGGGUUUAGUGGGCAUUGCCUUGUGGUUUCAUUUCCAUCUAAUAAACUUUAAGGUACUUUCUUCUCUGAAUUUUCUUUUGAAUGUAGAUUUGGUAUGUAUAGCAUUGUGAUAUAAAAGACAAGACAAGGAAGCUAAUCUCAACAUGGAUGUACUUCAGGGUGUCUCUUCCCUCUGGCUUAAGCAAGUGCACACAAAUAAAUGGGUUAAUAAAUUACUGAACUUUGUUUCUUUUUGAGUAGUUGUGUAGUUAAUAUUUGUGUAGAGGCCCUUGUAGCUUGCUGAAAGAUCCAUUUCAGCUGAAGUGUAUUUGGCCUGAAUUGCAGCAGCUUUCUUUAUAAAUUACAAUAGUUUUUGUAUUUAAAAAGGAAAAAGAACACCUUUUCUGUACAACUAGCAUUAAAAUGGCUAGAUUGACAAUAUGCUUAUUAAAAGCUCUUGAAUAUUUGAAUUGGGUUAAAUACAACUAUUUAAAACUCAGAGCUGCAGUCUGCUCAGGUUACUAAAGAUAAACGUAUCAUACAUUCAAUAUCAGACUUUGCUGCAAGGUUUCAUUCCCACAUACAAGUACGCAUGCUCAUUUCUUCUGAGACUGCGUGAAGAUUGAGCUUUACAGUUUCCUUUUUAAGCCACUUUGUAGUCUCAGUUUAGAAAUAGAAAAGUUUGGUUACUUUAAAGAAUAGUUCUUGAGUGGAUUCUUAAAGUACACAGAAUAUUUUUCCUUUGUUUUUUAAAGAAAAGCUUUACUGUCCAGAAUGAGUACACAAUAAGAUAUUGAAAGGAAAAGAAGAAAGUUAGCUGCAUCCUAGUUUUCUAAAACCUGGCAAGCUGGCAGAGCUAGAAUUAGCAUUACAGAUGGCAUUUGGCAACAUAGCUACAUAUCACUAAGCCCUCAUCUCCUGAGUUUUCUUCAGCCUGUCUAUCAAUUACAAUAUCCAAUCACUGCACAGAGAUGGAGAAAUGGGAUGAUCACAGCUCACACGAUGCUGUUUGGUUAGAAACGUCAGUGCUGCACAACCCACGGCUGAGUCAGUGUCUGUGAGAAAAUGAACUGAAUUAAUAUGUAGAGGGGGUUGUAUCUCUGAACAUUUGCAGCCUAAAUAACCGCAAUAGCAUUAUUACAUAGUAGAGGGAGGAAAGCUAGAGGAAGUCUGUGGACAGGUGAGGUAGGGGGAGACUGCAUAUUUUCUGAUGUUCAGAAGAAUCUUGAAGAUGAUGGAAAUAUCAGAUGUGCUAAAGUUUCCUAGUAAUGCCCAAGGAUGCUGACCUGGCUUUCAGUGCUGCAUUGUUUGAAAAAGCAGAGUCCCUUUAUACUCUGAUUUCAGAAUUUUUUUCUUGUUUUUGUGUGUCUACCUUGGCAUAUACUAAAGUAAGUACUCCUGCACGUGUUGCUAAAGGAGUUGUUGACCACACCAAAAUGAGUCUACAUGGUGCUAGUGGGGGACAUGAACGAUCAAGAGAUAGACGAAGGUCAAGUGACAGAUCGCGAGAUUCAUCUCAUGAAAGAACGGAAUCUCAACUCACUCCUUGUAUUAGAAAUGUUACUUCUCCAACACGACAGCACCAUGUUGAACGAGAAAAAGACCACAGUUCCUCUCGUCCAAGCAGUCCUCGUCCUCAGAAGGCAUCUCCAAAUGGUUCUAGUAGCAGUGCCGGGAACAGCAGCAGAAACAGUAGUCAGUCAAGUUCAGAUGGUAGCUGUAAGACAUCUGGGGAGAUGGUGUUUGUAUAUGAAAAUGCAAAAGAAGGAGCUCGGAACGUAAGAACGUCGGAACGAGUAACACUGAUAGUGGAUAACACUAGAUUUGUUGUAGACCCAUCCAUUUUUACUGCACAGCCAAAUACAAUGUUGGGCAGGAUGUUUGGAUCUGGCAGAGAACAUAAUUUUACACGUCCCAAUGAGAAGGGAGAGUAUGAAGUGGCAGAGGGAAUUGGCUCCACUGUGUUUCGAGCUAUUCUGGAUUACUACAAAACAGGAAUAAUCCGUUGUCCUGAUGGCAUAUCUAUUCCUGAACUGAGAGAAGCAUGCGACUAUCUUUGUAUUUCUUUUGAAUAUAGUACUAUUAAAUGUAGAGAUCUCAGUGCCCUAAUGCAUGAGUUAUCAAAUGAUGGUGCUCGUAGACAGUUUGAAUUUUAUCUGGAAGAAAUGAUCCUGCCUCUCAUGGUAGCUAGUGCCCAGAGUGGGGAGCGAGAAUGCCACAUAGUAGUGCUUACAGAUGAUGAUGUGGUUGAUUGGGAUGAAGAGUAUCCACCACAGAUGGGAGAAGAGUAUUCACAAAUUAUUUAUAGCACAAAAUUAUAUAGAUUUUUCAAGUACAUUGAAAACAGAGAUGUGGCCAAAUCAGUUUUGAAGGAAAGAGGUCUUAAGAAGAUUAGAUUGGGAAUAGAAGGUUAUCCUACCUACAAAGAAAAAGUAAAGAAAAGGCCUGGGGGCCGCCCAGAAGUGAUUUACAACUAUGUCCAAAGACCCUUUAUUCGAAUGUCUUGGGAGAAGGAAGAAGGAAAGAGUCGGCAUGUAGACUUUCAGUGUGUAAAGAGCAAAUCUAUCACCAACCUUGCAGCAGCUGCCGCAGACAUUCCCCAGGACCAGCUGGUAGUCAUGCACCCGACUCCACAAGUAGACGAGCUGGAUAUUCUCCCGAUGCACCCUCCUUCUGGCAACAAUGACCUCGAUCCUGAUGCACAGAAUCCAAUGCUGUGAUGCUGAUGUUCCUUGAAACCAUCGCAUGCUACCCUUCACGGUGACGUCGCGCUCUCCUCAUUCUGCACUACAAGGCCACGCUCUUCAUCGUGAGAUGCACAUAACAAUGUUUAGGAUAUUGCAGUGGAGGCUUUUUUAAAGACCAAAGGUAGCUGAAUGGUUUUUUAAAUGAGUACAACUCUAGCAUCGUGAGGUUCCAGUUAUAUAAAUGUAUUUGUUUACCAGUAGGUUUGUGAAGUUGGUUCUUUGUAUGGGGGACUGUCCUUUUUCACACAUCUAGAUAUUUUCAGAAGUGGUGAAAAUUGGCAGCUGGGGUCUCUUCAGCUUAGAUUGAUACUCAUCACACCCCAGGUAAAAUGUAGAAUAUUACAUAGUUGCACUUUAUAAAUGGUGGUUAAAUGGAACUGUUCAAGCCAUUUUUAUAGUUGUGAUGCACAAUAUAACUGAAAUAAGUGCUUCUAUCAAAGUAUUCCUUCAGUAAAAUGUGUAUAGUUUGCUGCCCAUGAUGAGCAAAAAAAAAUGAGUUUUUAUCAUUGGGCUUAUUUGAAUGAUUAGGAUGAGAUUCAAUGCCCCUAUCUAUCUUCUCUCCAGUGCUGUUCUUGCCCUUUUACAGUGAGUCACAUGCAGGAAGUGUGAACAUCCAGUCUGCCUUACCCUUUAUCUGUUCAGAUAUUUAUUUACUAAUUUUUUUUUCUUAAGAGUUAUGGGAUAGGAAAAUGAAGUGUUUGCUCUUCAUUUACUAAAUGAUUGUAAACUCGAGUUUUUCAUCAAAAUAAAAUUCCAUUGUUUUAAUGUUU